CAUGGAGGGUGGGACCGCGCUUCUCCAAAGCCACAAUUCCUUAUCUUAAGCGACCAUGAGAAGAAGCACAACGUAUGCGCCUGAAGGGAAGGCCAGAUAGCAGUCAUGCCUGCAGGGAGGGAGAAGCAACUCCCCGAUGACCCCCCAAGCCCACCAAACCAUUUCCAGAGAGUCCCGGGAAUGUGAACUGCACAUGUCAAGACCACCGACUCAUUUCUGGAACAUUCCUGAGCUCACACUGCGCUUGCUCAAUGAUGGCAAAUCCCCACCUGCAGGGGCAGAUGCUUCAGGUGUAAAAGAAGGGAGGACGAGUUCUCGGGGUGCCCUCCGGAACUAGAUCUCUGGACUGGCUGGACCAAUGCUGGACCCAGGACCGGUGAAAUCCCUUUCUUCUCUCUUUCUUCCUCCUUUCUCUCUGCCCUCCACCCAGUCCCUACACCUCGUCCCUUUAGACAUAAACUGUUGGCCAAGUCUGGGACUAGGAGUGGAUCUAGCCACCCCUGGGCUCCUCUUUGAGAAGGAGUCUAGAAAGCAAGGGGGUUCACUCUGAACCUUGUAACUCAAGGGAGGGCUCUCCUUAUUGUCUUCCCUGAACUGAUCCCCAAAUAAGUAAGGCACGGUAUAUACGGUUAGCACACGUUGUACAGUUUACUGACAUAGUUUCAUGUUCCGUUUUCUGUUUCUUUUUCUAUACCUCCCUUCUCCUUUCAAACAGCGGCUUAAUAACAUGAUGCAAGGUUCACAUUGAUAAGUUCACUUGUACUUGGGCAAGGUUAGCUUGGUUGAAUAAAUGUUGGUUGUUGUUUAAACUCCCCUGGUGUUGUUUCACCUUAAUUCUGACAAAGGAAAUCCAUGAACCUGAGUCGCUCCAGCCUUGGGAUGCGACAGGGCCAUGCUAGGUUGCUCAGAGCAAUGUGACAGAUGGCACAAGGCCAGUAUUCUGCAAACCAAGAGUACCGUCCAUGAUUUGACAGUCCACCGUGCAACUCCUGAGGAUAUUCUGCGUCGCCAUGAAAUACACAAAUCAAAAAACAAAGCACUGGCCCAUCUGGAACUGCAAGAGAAAGCACUGAAAAGAAAAUGGAAGAAGCAAAAACAACUGGCUGGUGAUUCCUUGGAGAAAAGGAAGUUGACACUGAUGCGUGAGAUUCUGUCUGAUCAAUACCAUUUGCAAGAUGUAUUGGAACGAUCUGAUCAGGUCAUGGCUGUGGCAAAAGACUUGUUUGGGGAUGCUCCUCGCAUGCGAACAGGUUUCCCUAAUGUAACAAUGGCUCCUAACUGUGACCUAGAAUCAUCUCAAGGACCCAUUGUACAAAAAUGUGAUCCUUCCACUCAGCUUUCCAUCCUUAGUGAAUCUGUCGUGGAUUCCCAGGCUCUUAAUGAAGUGGAAGAGGAAGCAUUAUCAAUCUAUCAAUCAGAAGAUGGACAUCAGGACUUUCUGAAUUUCAAAUCCAGCAUCAAUUCUGACAGGCUACUUCGGUUAUUGAGAGAAGAAAAUUCCUUGGUGAAUUCUCAGUUGUGGGCUGAAAAGGAUAUGAGAAAAACUACCUUAUCGCAGGAAUCAAAUAUGCCUUUGACUCCAACAACUGUUUCUCCAUCAUUGGAUCAGUCAGCCCUCAAUGCUACAAAUGUAGUCAAGAGAAUCCAUUCAAGACUUCAGAAUGAAGACGAAGAAGAGACCGUAGACUCCACUUACACUGUGAGACAAGUGCUGAACCCAAACUCAAGGAAACAAAAGCAAAUUGCAGCAAAAAUGAAAAGAAAACAAACUGCACAGAACUCUGCAAGACAGAGCAGAGAUGAUUCUCCAGCUAAUUCAAUCCCCACUGACCUUCGGAGGGACAACAAAUCCAGCCUAGAUAUUCUCAACCACAUGAUACGUAAAGUGGAGAAUGAAUUGGAGGAGUAUGAGCGAUGUACAGGUCGUGAGGUUCAAAAAACUGAGAGAAGUGAAGGCCUCACCGGGUUUACCUUGUCACUGGUGAAUGCUCUAUGUCGUUUGAUGCGCUACCUCAAAGAGAGUGAAAUGCAGCUGCAUGAGAAAGAGGUGAUGAGACAGCAGCAUGAGGAGAUGUUGAAUGAACACAGAGAACUGAUUGAUGCUCUGACUGCAGAAAUACUUCUAGUGAGGGAAGAAAACACUGCUAUCCAGAAGAAGCUUCAGCAAUACAUGAUGGUAACAGAUGAACAGCUGAUCUCUCUCACACAAGCAUUUAAAGGCCUCCCUUUGGUAGAACCUAGAAGAGAACAAAGUCCAAACAAUUUUGGAAUUGCAAGCAAAGGCCCAGUGAACGGGCAAGGCGAACCUGAUUUGAGCUAUUUUGAGCCUAGUGCUGAUGCAUGCAAAAGGGAAGGUAUGCUGAAAUUCCCACAGGAAGAACUUCCUCUCAAGUUUCCCCUGAGGCCAGGUGCCUCAGGUGGUGGCGGAGCUGGUAGAAGCUUGCCAGCCCACAUCUUCCAGCCAGCUGUGCUGUUGUCACCUCCCCGGCAGAAGAGCAGUCAGGAAUUGCCUCCCCUCCAGAACGUGUUUACAGCCAUUUCUCAGUCUCCUGAAAACACUGAAAGAGAACCGUGCAAGGAAAGGAGCUCACCUUCUUCCCUGCAAACACAGAGUACAACUGAGGAAAACUGUCUCAUCUCUCGAAGGCAACCAGUUCCUCCCGCAGACAAAGACUUGGAGAGUUCCCAUGGGAAAAUCAGUCUGUCCUGCCCAGGUGACGCUAGAAAAAACAGCACAGCUAAAGAGUUAUUUCAAAAUGGUGAUCUACUGGGACAGAUAGCUGAGCUUACGCGGCAGAACUCUCUAAUUAAAGCUCAACUGAGCAAAUUCAGAGGCUUCUCUGAAGACACAAGUGACUGCCUACAUCAGCCAGACCCAAUACAAAAUGCAAAUCCUAGUCCAGACUCUUCACAAGGACAGACUCAUCUCAUGGUAUCAAAGAGCUUGGAGGAAAGAAUAGCAGAGCUGAAUCGUCAGAGUACAGAAGCACGUGAUAAACUGUUGCAGCUAAUAGACCAACAGAAAUUAGCUGCUGCUGAUGUGGUCCCUCCAACGAUAUCUCCUGUUCUGUCCCCAUCCCUAAAUUAUACUGAAAAUCCAAGGAGGACAAUUGACGUGUCUAUUCCCAUGGCAGUUGCUAUGGACAGCUCCAAAGAAGAUAGUGUUUCCCCUGGCAGUAUGACCAGUAUAAGAAGGUCUGUAGGAGACUCUGGCAAACCUUGUUCACCCCUAAGUGCCUCAUCAGAAAGUUUGAAAUUAAUUCCUGUCAGCCAAAGGCCAAAGGUGGAAAAGCAAAAAGAAGAAGGCUGGUUUGCAUUGUCAAUGCACAUCAUGUAAAGGAAGCUGCACUCAAGUCCUGUAUUUUUUUAAAAUUUUUUUUUUAUGAACCACAAUUAGAUCACAGUAGUCUCCCUUACCAGAUGUACAGUUUAACUCAGAAGUGCUUUCAUGUCAGUGCCAUUAGUAUAAAGAGGUCCAUAUGCUUAUUGUACUUGUGCCAUACCGAGCACUAUAAGAAGUCCUGGGAAUGAGUUUCUGAACUGGACACGCUGCUAUGACAUUAUACCUUUUCACCAAAUAAAUCUUUCACAAGACUGUAAACUCAGGCUGCUGUAGCAGUACAAAUGAGCAUCUGGUAUCUGAUUUAGAUACGCUGAAGACAGGAGGUUUUAGAAAUCGCAUGUGAAAUUUUCUGGAGCCUGUAUUCACACAAGAUAUGGGAAUGAAAAAAAUCAAGAAAAACUGAGGUGAGGGAAUGUACCUAUGUUCAAAAGCAACCUGGAGAUUAGGAAGCCAGUCUAUUCCUGCUGGAUAGAACUUGCAUCAGAAAUAAUUUUUUCCUUCUGUGGUUUACAGUUGCUCCCAAAAGUUGUGUUUUCUGUGCAGUUAACAUGUUACAGUUACAUCUGGACUUCAGGAUUGCUUUUUAAAAAUCUCAUUUAAUAUUUUUAUAAUAAAUAUAAAGUGGCUAUUUGAAGUUGAAAUCAGAAUCUCUAUUUGCUAUGUACUAAAGUAUGCUCUCUUAGAUACAAUAGAAAACUGAUAUGAGUACAGUUGUAUUAAGCUGUUUUGUUAUGUGUGUAUAUAAUACUCUAAUGACCAUGUUUUUAUAUUGUUUUUAUUUGAGUUUUCAAAGUAGCCAUAAUUUUAUUAUUAACAAUUAAUAAUAAAACCUAGGACUGUGAGGAAAUGCUUAUAUAUCUGUUUCUUACAUUGCAGUAAACCUGGGCAAAAAUCAUUAUAAUGGAGAUAAAAAAUGAAAAAAAUCUGCAAGUCUGGGGAAGAAAAUAUCUGCAAGUCUCAAAACCAGAUUUUGCUUAAAGUUGGUUUAAUGUUUUUCCUUUUUUAACUGUUAAAUUUGCCCCUAAAUAUAUUGAUGGGGUGGGGCAUUAAAAGGGGCCAGCCCAUAUCUUUUCAAUUAGUUGAGUUUCAGGAAAAUGAAGAAAAGAUACUUCUCAUUUUUUCUUUUUCUUUUCCUUUUUUUCCUUUUUUUUUUUUUUAGGGGGGUGUGUGUCUUUUAAACAGACUUAGAAAAUCUAAAUAAUAAGGGAUUCAAAAGAGGACCCAUUCAAAUAUUCAUUGACAUUUCUGCAAUUUAUUUUUCCAGUGUUAACUUUGGGAAGUGAGGAAGGCUCAUAGUCCUGUAUUUUGUGAAGCGACAGUUAAAAUUGCUUGGAAGAAGUCCCCCAACUCAUGCAGAGGCAGGAAUGCCAAGGUUGGGAUGGACAACAUAACCAUAGUGCCCACACAUUAAUACUGUUGCUUCUGACUUCCUCCAAGCUAAUGGUUGUUACAAAUGCUCUGUAACAUCUGAGAUUUCCUUUUGGAAUAUGGGAUUGGAAUUGAUCUUUUGAGUCAUUGUCUGGUUUCCUUAACUUGGAAGCUGCUCUAUCAAAUAACUAUUUCUUUGUAAGUGGAGUCAUCGAGCUGUAUUCCAGUCUAAAAACAUUCAGUGAGGUGAGAAAUACUGCUGGUUUUCCUUUGCAUUAUUAGUGAAAUCCACAUCUCCUUGAGAUCAGUAGAAUGACUGCAGGUCUGGCUUCAGAGUCAGGACCAGUGACUCCCUAAAACUGUUGCCCAAUAAAACAGCAUCUGUGGUGCAGAGCACCCCGCUUGUGGCCAUCUGAAGCGGUAGGACCAUGCAGAGCUCCACCCUGGCUCCCAGAAGCCUUGUAGCUGCGUUAGCAGAGCAGUGUAUUCAAACAAGUAACUCUUUUCUCUCUAGCUCAGGUGCCACCUUGCACUGAUGUGGCUAGUCUGGUGCCAGAGCUCGCUUUCAACAUGGGCGAAGCGCCCUGUGCUCAUCUUGGAAGGCAGGAGCACAUUACUGGGUGCCUCUAGUCGCUCUCCCCCCAACUCCUCCGCAGCUUUUGACUGGGGGUAGGAAGCCUUCUGCGCCUCAGGCCUGGGGUCACACAGUGUUUCAUGGCUAAAAACGAGCUGCGGCUGAAUGUAGUGGAAGUGCGUUCGCUGGAACUCUGUAGGCUGGUACAGAGCUGAAGGCAGUUGCUGAGAAACUCUUUUGUGUUAUAGACCAAGCAACAAACUGCAGCUGUCACUAGCAGUAACACAUCUGAUUUUUCAUAUCAGAUGAAGGAGAAAGUUUUAGGGCUUCAUUUGAUCUUUAUUUUUCAAUUGUGUUAAAUCAUAGAAAGGCUGGUAUCAUCUAGUCCCAGUGCUUUACCAGUGCAGUAUGUUUUAUUGCCAAUGACUUCCUGAUUUUGCAAGAUAAGCAUUUUACUGCUUUGCUCCUUUUUUUCCAGGCCUUUCACAUUCUUCCUUUUUGUCUUGAAUGUCAGCAGAAGGACAUUUGGCCACAGACCAGGGUAAGCACAAUAGUAAAGAACGUGUAAAGAGAAGAGCUGCAGCCUUUGUUUUCUCUUGUCCUCUUUUAUCAGGUGUACCAUGUAGGAAUUGGUUUCCCUUUGAAAAUGUUUCCCUUGGAACGCAUGGGAAAGUUUCCUGUACAUAUUUUGAUUACAAAAUUCUGAACUGAAAACUUCAUUGCACAGAAUAAUUUUAUUUUUUGGAAAUGGGAAAACUCUAGGGGUUUUUCUUGGGUUUUCGAUUGUUUCCUCUUUCAUAGUCAUUAAUUCUUCUGCAGUUACAUGAAGGAGACUGCAAUGUGUUGCCUUGUUUGGGUUUUAUUUUGGUUUUGGAAUAUUAAAGAGUUGAUAAAUAGCUGAGGGUAAGGAGCAGAGAGGUGAAGUCCAGAAACAGAUCUUGCUUUCUGUUUUUAAGCUUACACUCACUUGUUCCAGUUUCUAGAGGCAAACUGAAAGUUCUAUAGGUCUGACACUUUGAUUUUUGUUUUACAUUAGGCUUUAGGAGGGCAUACAAAGUCCAUAAGGUCUUUUUAAACAGAAAAAUCUCAAUUGAGAGUAUUUCCCCCUGAAACCUUUAGCUAUUCAGAAUUGCCAACUCCAUUAAGAAGGUAAUGUGGCAUUGCGGAUUCAUGUUGUCAUAGGUGGGUGUUAAGAUGACCACCCCUAAUGAUAGCGAUGUAGCCCUACAGGUCUGAGGUGACGGGGACUGGUGCUGAGAUGCCUUAGCCUUUUUAACUGUGGAAAGGAGGUCUGUUUUACAGUCUGAAGAACCUCUGUGUUGUCAUCACAGAGGGGAAGGCUGCUAUGACAAAAUAAGGUCUAAUUUAAGUAUGCUUUUAGAGCCACGCUUAUACCAAAAGGGAGAUGAAGGUGCAGAGUUUUAUAGGUCCUGAAUAUUGGAAUAUUUUACUACUGAGAGAUGCUUGAUCAGCUUAGUGCAUUAAUAAAAAUUUGCUGCUUUAUUCAUCUUAACUUUUUUUCAGUACUUUUUCUGAGGCCGAAAUUUUUUGUAUAGUGCGAUGAAUUUAAAUGCCCAAGGCUAAUUAAACCCCAUGGUAUCUGAGUGCCUUGCUUUUGCCAAAGUUUGGGAUGUUUUUAUCUGCAACUUUUUUCUUUAAGAAAGCAAGAUGUAAGGAGUUUUAUGUAAUAAGGAGAACUUCAGGCACACAGUUUUAGAGGUGCUCGUCUUGAGAGCUGAAAUACAGUGUCUGGUUAUUGAGGUCAGCUGUGACAUAACAUACAUUGCUAUGCCCUGCCUAUAGUAUAAGAUACAACUAUUCCUUUGUAAUACCUACGUGUGAUCAUAUUGAGGGCUAACAUGCUUCUUUUUCAUGAAUGUGGUGUUCCCAGCAUCUGGAGGGACAUAAGAUUAUUCUGUCUUAUUAAAACAGCUGUUUUAUUAAGCCA